CUGCGGAGUAGUGAGAGCUUCGCGGUCACCGGCUCAAAGCGCAGCGAUCCCGUAGCGGCAGCAGCGCGUGUGACCGUUCCAGGCCCAGGGAAAAGCAUGGCACUUUGGCGGGCAUACCAGCGGGCUCUGACUGCUCACCCGUGGAAAGUACAGGUCCUGACAGCUGGGUCUCUGAUGGGCCUGGGUGAUGUUAUCUCACAGCAGCUGGUGGAGAGGCGAGGUCUGCAGGCACACAAGACUGGCCGGACCCUGACCAUGGUCUCCCUGGGCUGUGGCUUUGUGGGCCCUGUAGUAGGAGGCUGGUACAGGGUUUUGGACCGGCUCAUCCCUGGCACCACCAAGGUGGACGCACUAAAGAAGAUGCUGUUGGAUCAGGGGGGCUUUGCCCCAUGCUUUCUGGGCUGUUUCCUCUCACUGGUAGGGACACUCAAUGGACUGUCAGCCCAGGACAAUUGGGCCAAACUCCAGCAGGAUUAUCCUGAUGCUCUCAUCACCAACUACUAUCUCUGGCCUGCUGUGCAGUUAGCCAACUUCUACGUGGUCCCUCUUCAUUACAGGUUGGCUGUCGUCCAGUGUGUUGCCGUUAUCUGGAACUCCUACCUGUCCUGGAAGGCACAUCGGCUCUAAGUCUGCCUCACUCCAUCAUUUCAAGCUUGCAGUGAUGCAGCUUGACC